GGAGGCUCCGCCCUCGGUGCUCAGGUGCGUGUGUCUGUCUGAGGAGCAUUGCGGAGCUGCAGGGAGAGCAGAGGGGAGACGGUCAUGUCAGACAGCGGGAACGCACAGUCGCAGGACGGAGGAUCGAGCCGGGUGACAAGCCCGAGCGUGGGCAACAAAGUGACCGUGGUGCUUGGAGCGCAGUGGGGCGAUGAAGGGAAAGGAAAGGUGGUGGACCUGCUGGCCCAGGACGCUGACAUGGUCUGCAGAUGUCAGGGAGGCAACAAUGCAGGACACACAGUUGUGGUUGAUUCAGUGGAAUAUGACUUCCACCUUCUACCCAGUGGAAUUAUUAACCAUAAGGUCACUGCCUUCAUCGGUAAUGGUGUAGUCAUUCACCUGCCGGGUCUCUUCGAGGAGGCUGAGAAGAAUGAACGGAAAGGAAAAGGUCUGGAAGGCUGGGAGAACAGGCUCAUCAUCUCUGACCGUGCACACAUUGUGUUUGAUUUCCAUCAAGCUGUGGAUGGAGUCCAGGAACAGGAGAGGCAACAGCAAGCUGGCAAAAAUUUAGGAACAACUAAAAAAGGAAUCGGGCCCGUGUACUCUGCCAAAGCAGCUCGCAGUGGCCUGAGGAUAUGUGACCUUCUGGCUGACUUUCAGGAGUUCUCAGAGAGAUUUAAACAUUUGGCCUCACAGUAUAAGUCUAUGUACCCAUCACUGGAGAUUGAUGUGGAUGGGGAACUUGAGAAACUCAAGACUUAUGUAGACAGGAUAAAGCCCAUGGUGAGAGACGGAGUCUUUUUCAUGUAUGAGGCGCUACAUGGGCCUUCAAAAAAGAUUCUGGUGGAAGGUGCUAAUGCUGCCUUGCUGGACAUAGACUUUGGGACAUAUCCGUUCGUGACUUCCUCAAACUGCACUGUGGGAGGGGUGUGUACGGGUCUGGGCAUGCCGCCCCAGAAUGUGGGUGAAGUCUAUGGAGUUGUCAAAGCCUACACCACGAGAGUUGGGAUUGGAGCUUUCCCUACAGAACAGAACAACGACAUUGGAGAGCUCUUGCAGACAAGAGGCAAGGAAGUGGGCGUGACCACAGGUCGCAAAAGGAGAUGUGGUUGGCUGGAUCUGGUGCUUAUCAAAUACGCCCACAUGAUUAAUGGCUUCACAGCCUUAGCUCUCACCAAACUUGACAUCUUAGAUAUGCUUUCUGAGAUCAAAGUUGGUGUGGCAUACAAAGUAGAUGGUGAAAUCAUCCCACAUUUUCCAGCAAACCAAGAGGUACUACAGAAGGUUGAAGUGCAGUACGAGACUCUGCCAGGCUGGAAAACAGACACGUCUGCUGCCAGAACCUUUGAAGAGCUUCCAGAAAAUGCACAGAAAUACGUCUGCUACAUUGAAGAUCGCUUGGCUGUGCCUGUAAAGUGGAUUGGUGUUGGGAAGUCGCGGGAAUCAAUGAUCCAGCUCUUUUAAGAGGAUGCUCGGCCUGCAUGUAGCACUGGCUGGAUUACGCUCUGGACUCGGGGACGGAAAGUUGCCUCAUUUGUUUCUUUUCCCACCUCACUUGCGUUUUUUCAUGACAAGAGCAUCAUUUUGUGUCACUCAGAUCAUCCUACAGCCCUCUGAAAUGGAGUAUUUGUCAUAAAAUGAAAUUCCUGUGGUAAAUCAUAAAGGGCUUUUCAACUAUAGUUAUUUUUUUUUAAAUCAUUUAACCGUUUCUCAUCUGCUUUACAUCAUUCUUCUCUGGUAUUUUGAGCUCUCAUAAGCUCAGUAUCUUGAGUCCAUAUGCUGUACAUGUGCUACUACUUCAAACAGGCAUCAGUAGUGAUGUAUAUUGUUGUUAGAUAUCAAUUUUUCACACAGACCGGGUACUUAUACAUGUUAUAUUUAAUGUUCUUUGUUUGUUUUAUCAUACAAGAAUCAAAGGUUAUGCAAUGUGUAUUACCACACUUUGUCCUUGUUUUAAAUGGACUAUGAUUGACUUACUCGAGUCAACUUCAUUUAAACAUACAGUUUUUAAAAGACAAUUGAAGUGUUUCUUUACCAGAUGCAUAAAAACUCAUGUUAUUCAGUAUUCAGUGAUUCUGAAUACGAAUUAUGUACAAUACAGCCUCAAAAUGUAAUACAAUUACAGUGAGUGUUUUCUGUUUUUCCAAAAAUAGAAGUAAAACAGUUUAUGGAAGCAUCUUUAAAUUUGAAUCAAUGUAAUUUGCUCAAAAAAAAAAAAAAAGUAUAUAAUUCAAAUGUGCCUCAAGAAGCAUAUACUAUUAUACAGGCCAGGGUUUUUAUUCCAUUGAAUGUAUGUAAACAUUUGCACAGUUCACAGAUGUUUAUUGUUCAACUGUACAACUUCAUGCCACAGGCAUAUUAAAGCCACUUUAAUGAUCAGUAAUGAGAUAUCAAUAAACUUGCCUUUCAAUAUAGAUUGUCAAAGUAUAGAUCCUUAAGACGUUUAUGUGAAUUCAGACGCCACCUCAGGAUGUACAACUGCUUUUCUGACUUCCAGUAGUACAUUUACAGAAUUCACAUGUUAGAAAUGAUCUAAACAGAGCUUGCCUGUUUAAAUAUGACUGGGUUGUUUCAGAAACCCAGAAUUGCUUCUUCUGUUUUGUCUCAGUAUUGCACCUUCCAAUAAAUACGUAAUAUAGCAUAAAGUGUGCCUUGUUAAUACAGAUGAACAAUGAAACUUGAAAACGAAUCCUUCAUCUGAUUGAGCUUUUAUGGAUUUUAAUUGAGAAACCUCUUUUAGCUUUUUCGAGGGCAUUAGUGUCAUUGCCAUUUGCCAAAAGUGUACAUGCAUCCAAAGAAGUAUCUUAAUGGAUAAAUCAAUGCUGUGAUAUAAAGAGCCUUUGUAAAUGACCCAGAAUGAUAACUCUUUUUCAGAUUGAUGAUGGUGUGAUGCUUUGCAUUUUCUGUUGCUCACAGCUGCUGAAUAAAUGGUGUAACCUGUU